AUGCCAAAAGAAGUAGGCAAAAAAGGUGAGCAGACAGUUGCUGUGAAAACGUUAAAAGAAAAUGCGUCAGAAAAGGACAAAAUCGAUUUAAUACAAGAGAUAACCGUAAUGAAGAAUUUGGGAAACCAUCCAAACGUAGUCAGGUUCAUAGGAUGUUGCACUGAAAUGCAGCCAACAUUCGUAAUCAUGGAGUUUGUCAGUCUGGGCAAGCUACAACAUUUUUUAAGGGACUCUCGGGCUGAGCGUCUCUAUGGUAACAUGCAUGGUGACAGUCAGUACCUCACCUCCAGUGACCUUACACACUUCGCCUUCCAAGUCGCGAGGGGAAUGGACUUCCUUACUUCUAACGGGAUAAUACACAGAGAUCUGGCUGCUCGUAACGUCCUCAUCACUGAAGACAGAACGUGCAAAGUUGCCGAUUUCGGUUUUGCAAGGGACGUGGCGGGAAGUCAUGUUUAUGAAAGCAAAAGCAAUGGACCUUUGCCAAUACGAUGGAUGGCACCAGAGUCGUUGUACUACGAUAUAUUUAGUGUUAAGUCGGAUAUUUGGAGUUUUGGAAUACUUCUAUGGGAGAUCGUGACAUUAGGUUCUACUCCGUACGCUGGCCUUUCAGCUGAGGUUCUUAUGAAAAAGGUGCGAGAGGGAUAUCGUUUAGAAAAACCAGAACAUUGUCGUCGUGAGCUUUACUACGUCAUGUAUUGUUGCUGGAAGGCCCGACCUACUUCACGGCCUGACUUUAAGAAAGUGGCAUCCAUGUUAGAGCGUUUGUUGUCUACUGAAAAGGACUAUAUCGAACUUGAACGAUUUCCCGACCACUCUUGUCAUAAUGUAUAUCAUAUAGACGGGGAGAAGUUA